AAAAUGAUCUAUGCAGAGUGAAAGAGAAAGUGUUAAUGGGGCGAAAGAGAAAUUCGGAAAGAAGAGAAAGGAGAGAAAAGAGGAUCCAAAGGAGGAUCCUAAGAAGAGAAUGGAGAGGAAGGAGGAUCCAAAGGAGGAUCCUAAGAAGAGAAAGGAGGAUCAAAAGAAGGAUCCUAAGGAGGAUCAAAAGGAGGAUCCUAAGGAGGAUGCUAGUGAGGUUGCUAAGGACGAUCCUAAGGAGGAUGUCAGUGAGGUUGGUAAUGAGGGUGCUAGUUCCUCGAAAGUGCCGAGUCUAGUGGUUGCCGAAGAAGUCGAAGAACCAAGCGUUCUUCUAUUGGAGAAAGAAAAUUCUACUCUUUCAGAUAAAGUAAAGGAGAGAGCUAGAUAUGAGUCAAAGAGGGAUGCUGCUCAUUUGGAACUUCAGCGGAAUGCUGCUUUGGCAGUUCAGCGUGGAAGGAGUGAGCGAACAAGGAAACUUGCUCCCACACAGUCGUCUCCUUAUAAGGGGAACAACACGGCCAAAACGAUCAUUCCAAACUCAAACAAGUCUGCCUUUACACCUUUUCACCCACUCGACAAGGCGGCACAGAAGUUGCUCAUUGAUCACUGCAAAACUUGUCCUGAAGUUAAGAAGCCUAUGGAGAAACGCCCGGUGAGAAGUCUUUCUCGGUGGUAUAAAACACUCCGGACUUCCAAAGACUGGCUGGACGACUCACAUAUGGAUGCUUGGAUUAAUGUGCUGAGGAAGAGGUACCAUGCUAAUCCGGAAAUGUUCAGGAGCGAGAGAAUUUGCUUCCUUGAUCAUCUCUUUUCUCGACAUUGGAGUAAAAACUUCGACGAUUUUAAGGCUGAUAAACCCGACUUCAGAGGUCUAGGAAGAAGACUCCCUGGUGGUGCCUGGAAUUAUUAUAGUGGAAAAAUACCAUCAUUUUGCAGAUCUAUGAAGGUUUGGGGGAAGGAUAUUGACGAUAUCUAUGCGCCAGUGAAUUACAAGGACUUUCAUUGGAUUUCUAUCUGGAUAUCGAUUCCUGAUAGGCGCAUAGUGGUUUUUGACACGAUCAUUCCUGUAUACCCCCAGCAGACCUCGAUGUGAUAAUGGAGCCUUAUUGCCACAUGGUCUCCUACUUGCUAUAUGAGUGCUCCUCCAUCGAAGAACGUGAAACAAUGCUCCUGGAGCCAUACACAUAUGAAAGACCGGUCUUACCAAAGUCAAAAUCUGGUGAUUGUGGCGUGUAUGCUCUAAAGUUCAUUGAGGUUCAUUCUUUGGGGUUGCCAUUUUCUCCAAAAGACUUUGCCCAAAGCAACAAUAAGAAUAUGAGGGAGACGAUGGCGGUGGAUGUAUUUAGAGAGAUUCCAAACGCGCAUUACUUUGACAACACAAAUAAUGAUGAUUACCUGGAGACGUAUGCACCUCAAGUUUGAGUUACGGAUUAGGGUUUAGACUAGGGUGAUUGUGAAUAUUUGAAGGUGAUUGUGUGUAUGGACUUGAUUGUAUGUAUGUAUUUAAGUCUUGUGAAUAUUUGAAGGUUUAAUAUAUAUUUGAAGUCGUCCGGAAGGACUUAAUUAUAAGUCGUCUGGAAGGUCUUCCAGCUAGAAGACUUUCCAGGCGACUUAGCUAUAAGUCGUCUGGAAGGUUUUCCAGCCAGAAGACUCUCCAG